AAGGAGCUUCAGGAGCAGGGAGAGAUCAGGAUCAUCCAGCUGGGCUUUGACUUGGAUGCCCAUGGAAUUGUCUUCACUGAAGACUACAGGACCAGAGUCCUUAAGGCCUGUGAUGGCCGACCAUGUGCUGGGGUGGUGCAGAAGUUCCUGGCCUCCGUGCUCCCAGCCUGUGGGGAUCUUAGUUUCCAGCAGGACCAGAUGACCCAGACUUACGGCUUCAGGGACCCGGAGAUCACGCACCUGGUGAACGCUGGAGUCCUCACUGUCCGAGAUGCUGGGAGCUGGUGGCUGGCCGUGCCUGGAGCUGGGAGAUUCAUCAAGUUCUUUGUCAAAGGGCGCCAGGCUCUACUCAGCAUGCUGCGGAGGGCCAAGUACAGGGAGCUUCUCCUGUCAGAGCUCCUGGGGCGAAGGUCCCCGUCGGCAGUGAGGCUCGGCCUUGCCUACCACGUGCAUGACCUCAUUGGAGCCCAGCUGGUGGACUGUGUGCCCACCAGCUCUGGAACCCUCCUUCGCCUGCCAGAUACGUGAGGAGUCGACUCCUGGACUCUUCAGCUCACAGAGUGAGGUUCCUGGAAGCGCUGCCCCUGGACGGCUGAGCGGGUCACCGGGAUGGGUGCCAGGCCCUGCUGCUGCAAGCUGGGGCUCCAGCCUGAGCUGCGCUGUGUGCGCUGCAGCUCUGGGCUUCUGUGGGUGUGAAGCCAGGAGCCGUGCCGAGGGGAUAGGAAGGUGGGAUUGAUCGCUGGGGUUGCUGUCGGAGGGAGCAGGGAACUCUGCCCUCUGUGUCAGGUUGAAAUUGCCAAAUAAAAUACUUGUGUCUAUGCA